AUGAAGGCGAAGGGCCCCAGGGCCCCCCGGGGCAAAUUCUCGAAGGGGAAACUCAGAAAGCCGCGGGACCCAAACGCAAGAAACGGCAGACGCAGACAGCAGCAGCAGCAGCAGCAGCAGCAGCAGCAGCACGAGCCAGCAGAGAGCCCGCAGCAGCAGCAGCAGUGGGACUCUGAGCAGGAGCAGCAGCAGCACAAGGGCGGGAAGCAGGGGACUGAAAAGAAGAGAAAAAGAACUGCUGCAGAUGGCAGCAACCAAACUAACGGAGACGCAACUGCAGCGCAGCAGCAGCAGCAGCAGCAGCAGCAGCAGCAGCAGCAGGGAGCGAAAGCGAAGAAGCGAAAGCACAGCAACCACGAGGCAACACCACAGUCAGCAGAAAAGCCGCAGCAGCAGCAGCCGCAGAAGCAGCAGCAGCAGCAGCCGCAGAAGCAGCAGCAGCAGCAGCAGCGGCAGCAGCAGCAGCUGCGCUGCUCCGUGUUUGUGCGCAACUUGCCCUUCGACGCAGACGCAGCUGCUGUGUCUUCUCUUUUGAAAUCUUUUGGCGAAAUAAAAGAAAUCCAUUUAGUGAAAACUGACACGGGGGACUGCAAAGGGGCUGCCUUCGUUUACUUCGCCGAAGAGGCUGCUGCGCAGCGCGCUGUUGCUGCUUCUGCUGCAUAUGAAAGAGAACUGGAGCGGCUGUCGGGGCGGCAGCAGAAGCGGCUGUCGCACCUGCUGGCUGCGCAGCAGCAGCAGCAGCUGCUGCUGCUGGACGAGGACCCGCUGCAGCAGCAGCAGCAGCAGCAGCAGCAGCAGCAAACAGACGCAGCCCGCGGCGCAGCACUUCUGCUGAAGGGGAGGCGCCUGCAGGUGCUGCCGGCGCUAAGCCGCGAGAAGGCGAAAGAGGCGGUUCAGGAGCGGCGGCAAAAAAGGGCUCUGGAAGGCCCGCGCCGCCGAGGCCACCAGCUGGCCUUCUACGGACUUCCCAGCAAACCCUUUAAGGGUUUGAGUCCUCAAGAAGAAACCCUCGUGAAUGCUGCCUACAACGAGACAAAAGAAAAACUCAAAAACCCUAAUAUUUUCGUCAACAAAAAGAGACUUUGUGUGCGCAAUUUGCCGCGCUGGGCGGACGCGAACUUCAUAAGGGAAAAGCUGGUGGGCCUUUUGGCUUCCAUUUUGAAAGAGCAUGCAGAGUCUCCUGCUGCAGCAGCUGCUGCUGCUUCUGCUGCUGCUGCAGCAGAGCAGGCAGACGGGGAUCCUGAGCAGCAGCAAGAGCAGGAGCAGCCAAAAGAACGGCAGCAGCAGCAGCAGCAGCAGCAGCAGCAGCAGCAGCAAGCCAAGGGGAAGAAGUCUAAGGAGUGGAAGGCGAAAGCAGCAGCAGCAGUUGGAAAGGUGGCAGUCAUUCGCGAACAGAAAAACCCCAAAGGCCGCAGGGGGCCCCCGGGGGCCCCCCGGAGGUCUUUGGGUUUUUGUUUUGUAGAUUUGAAGUGCGACUUUGCGGAGACGCUGCAGCUGCUGCAUGCAAUUCGCGACAGCAGCAGCUUCUUUUCGAGGCCCGAAGAGCAGGUGCAGCAGCAGCAGCAGCAGCAGCAGCAGCAGCGGCAGCAGCAGCGGGAGGCCAGGCGCCCCAUUGUGCAGUUUGCGCUGGAAGAUGCGCGGAAAGUCAAAAUUAAGGUGGGCUGCUGCUGCUGCUGCUGCUGCUGUCACUGCUGCUGCCGCUGCUGCUGCUGCUGUUUAUGUUGCUGCUGUGCUGCUGCUGCUGCUGCUGCUUUUCGUUCUGCUUCUGCUUUUUUUAUUUUUGUUUACUUGAUUUAG